AUGCGGCUGUCUCAGGUAGUGUUUCUGAUUUUUGUUUUUGUUUUUCUUUUUCUUGUAAAUUCAUCAGAAUUUUUGGCCGCCUCUUUUCUGAUUUUCGUUUCUUUGAUGAUACUACAGAGUAAAAGUGUAAAACAUAUGGCAUCACCAUCAUGUUCUUCUUACUCUCCUAUUGACUUGGAUUCAACGGCUAACAAUCGUGAGGAAGACUCAAUUUCAAACGAGGACAAUGUACAAGCCAUCAACAAUCAGGGUAGAAAAUUAAAAUCACUUGUUUGGCAACAUAUGAAAAGAGAUACUCUAAUAGAUGGGAGUGUUCAAGCUACUUGUAAAUAUUGUGAUUUAAAGUUCAAUGCUAGUCAUAAUAGUGGUACAUCACAUCUUAAAAGACAUAUCGAUAAAUGUCCUAAAAGAAUGAAUCGUGACCUUAAGAAUUUAUUGCUUGGUCGUUCUCCAUUAAGUGGUGAUAGUAAUAUUUCUUUGAAAAAUCCAAUCAUUAAUUAUGAGGAAGUACGUAAAGGCAUUCAUGUUUUUAUUGUUGCGGGAGCUCAUUCUUUUUCUACUUGUGAGGAACCUGGUUUUAAAUACAUGGUUUCUCAAAUGUGUCCUCAAUUUUCAUGCAUUAGUAGACAUACUUUGAAGAGAGAUAUCUUUAGGCAUUAUAAUGAAGAAAAAGUGAUUGUUAAGGAUGAAUUGAAAAAAGCUCCUGGUAGAAUUUGCCUCACAACAGAUAAUUGGAAAAGUGAACACACAGAUGACGAGUAUAUGUGUAUUACUGCACAUUGGGUUGAUGCUAAUUGGAAAUUGCAAAAAAGAAUAAUUAAGUUUGGGGCAUUAACACCUCCAUUUGAUGGAAUUUCUUUAGCUGAUGAGGUAGCUUUGUGCUUAAGUGAAUGGAAAAUUGACCAUAAGGUUCUUAGUUUCACUGUUGAUAAUGCAACUUAUAAUGAUUGUAUGAUUACUUUUUUGAAAAAUCAUCUUGAUAGAAAAAAUGGCUUGUAUUUUGAUGGUCAGUUCUUUCAUUUGAGGUGUGGUUGUCAUAUUAUUAAUCUUGUUGUGCAAGCUGGAUUAAAAUCCAUAGAUGGCGUUGUGGCAAAGAUUAAAAAGGUUGUUAAACACUAUAAGCACUCAAUUCCUAAGAAGAAAAAAUUUUACAGUGUUGCCGAAACAAGUUUUGGUAUUAAGACAAAAAGAAAGUUACGUGGGGAUAACAACAUCAGGUGGAACUCAACAUUUCUUAUGCUUGAUCGUUAUAUAUUUUUUAGAGAUGUCAUUGAUCAUGUAGUUAGUCGGGAUAAGGACCUUAGUGUGUUUGCUCUUUCAAAGGAUGAAUGGGAUAAAGUUAUAGAGUUACAUGGGUUCUUGAAAAUCUUUUAUGAUGUGACAAAUUCAUUUUCAGCUUCUAACCCUCCUACUUCAAAUCUGUAUUUUGAUGGUGUGUGGAAGAUUCAUAGAAAAUUGAUAGAAAUAAUGGAUGGUGACAAUUCUAGUUGUGGCUUAGCUGCUAUGAUUAAGGAUAUGAAAACAAAAUUUGACAAGUAUUGGUCUGAUUGUAAUGUUAUAUUAUCAUUAGCUGCAGUUUUGGAUCCUCGAUUUAAGUUAGAUAGAGUUGAAUAUUGUUAUCAGAAGUUGUACGGGGAAUCGUAUGCUAGGGAGAAAGUUGAGCUUGUAAAGAGCACUUUAUUUUGUUUAUUUGAUGAAUAUAGAGAUCAGAUUUGUGCUGCAAGUUCCCUUAAUUUGGGCACUAGUGGCACUGCUGACUUUCCAACAGUAGUAAGUUGUGUGACAGAUCAAACUCAAAUGGAAGAGGAUCUAGAUUACAAAGUGUUCCUAAGUAAAAAGAGGAAGGUAGAUGAUGAAAAAACAGAAUUAGAGUUGUAUUUGGAGGAGAAAACUCUUGACUUCUCAUCAAAAUUUGAUGUUUUAGCAUAUUGGAGUACGAGAGUGGAUAGAUAUCCACACCUUGCAUGUUUGGAUCGUGAUAUUUUAGCUAUGCCUAUUUAUACUGUUCCUUCGGAAUCCGGUUUUAGUAUGGGAACAAAGUUGAUAAAUCCUUGGAGAGCAUCUUUAGGACAAAAGACAAUUGAGAGCACACCUUCUAGGAAGGGUUUCAAAGUGUCACUCUUCAUGUGCAAGAGAGAGCUGAAGACGUAUCCGAGAAUACAAAAAACACCAAAAGGGAGACUAAUUGAAGCUGUAGGUGUGCUUCACGCUGAAUUAGAUCUCAAGGACGCUAGGAAUUUGAAUUUGGUCUCCGAGUCGUCUUUGACGUUGUUCACCACCAGUUUAACCAUUGGUACUUUGUGGCUCCACACGACUUCAUUUCUGGAGCUCCAUGUUGCAUAG